GAUGAUCUAUGAAACCUCAGGAAACAGUUCUUCAGGAGAAAGAAGCAGUGAGGGAAAGGGUGAAAGUGUGUAGACUGUAAGUGAAAUGGAUGUGAAGAUAUAAAGAGGAACAAUGCCAGAAGGGAUUAAAGCAAAUACACACACACACACACAGAGGGGGAGAGAGAGAGAGAGAGAAAGAGAGAGAGAGAGAGAGAGAUUAUUUGGAUUCAGCAGGAGGGAGACAAAGCUGGGUUCAGAGAUUAGUACAUGUUUUACUGCUCUGUAUAUUAAUUUAGAAGAUGGAUAUGUGUCUCAUAUGGAACACAAGCUGAAGAGGACUACUCUGUGGACAGUGACUGAUUUGGAUCAGAAUAAUCUUUAACUCUUUUUUUUUUUUUUUUUUAAAUAUUAAUAAGAAAUGAACAGUGGAGCAACCAAAACGUGACUGUAUGAACCUCACUUUGACUGUAUUUUGUGAGUACUGCUAAGUAUAUAUUAUUCUGGUCUAAAAGUGCAUAUUACAUAUUGUAUUAUGCAUAUUGGGAUUGCCAUUUGGAAAUAUCGCAAUCUGGGACAUACAUAGAUUAAAAAAAAUUUUGUUCAUCCAAGAUUCUAGAUUCUCUAUUGUAUUAUUGGUCCGUGGAAGCAUAAUGACCUCUACAGCUUGGUUAGUUCUGACUGCUUUCUGGUUCCACUUGUCUGACGCUAACUGCCCUCCAGGGUGCCUGUGUACCUCGGACAUUGUAAACUGUGGUUCUGUGGGUAUGGAGAGAUUUCCUUCUAUAUUACCCCCCACCACUUCCAUCCUGGACCUCAGCCAUAAUAGGCUCAAAUGGCUGGCACCAGGCACCUUCCAUGGACUGGCCAGACUGAAUUUUUUGUGCAUGUCUCAUAACCAAAUCUCUCUGCUCAGCCCCGCAGCCUUCCACAACACCAGCACUCUACACCACCUUGACCUCUCAUCCAACAGACUGCAGAAGGUGGGGAGACACCCUUUCCAAGACCUGCUGGGGUUGGAAGAAUUACUACUCUACAACAACCGCAUCACCCAUGUGGAGAACAAUGCUCUGAUGGGACUGAGCAACCUCAAGAAGGUUUACCUGAGCCUCAACCAGAUUACAGACUUCCCCUUUUUCUCCUUCCGUAAUCACAGCCAUCCUAAGCUGGUCACUCUGGACCUCUCCUCUAACCGCAUAUCACGACUACCUCUGGACGAUAUUGUUCUGUUGCCUGUGACUGUACAGAGAGGCUUGUUCAUCCAUAAUAACAGCUUGGUAUGCGACUGUUCCACAUAUCGCAUCUUUUGGCACUGGGAGAAGGAGGGUUAUGAAGCUGUGAGAGAUUUUAAGGACGAAUAUUCAUGCCGGAUGUUUGGAGAACCACUCAUUUCCAUCAACUUCCUCAACAGCCCUUGCAUUUUUGAAAACUGUACUAUUGAAAAGACGAUUUCUUUAAUCUCCCCCAAGGCUGACAUGAUAGUCUAUGAGGGGGAUCAGGUCAGACUAGAUUGUACUGGUACACUCAGUAAUGUGGUUCUCUCUUACUCUUGGGUUAUUCCUCACCAACACAACAUAACUUAUUUGAUUCAGAAUGGUACUCUGCGGCUGAACAAAGAUGGUAGUCUGGAGAUCCUAUCUGUCCAGCUGAGGGACUCUGGAAUCUACCGCUGCCUAACUGUGGACACGGUCAGGAUGAUUAACGAAACCCGUGAGGUGAACCUAACUGUAGAUCCUCAGCGUUUGCGAACAGAGCCUUUCAGCACAGGAUACACCACCCUGCUGAGUUGCACCAUCACUCUCUCGCUCAUACUCGUGUAUCUUUAUUUAACCCCUUGUCGCUGUGGCUGCUGCAGAGCCCCACCAACCUCACCAACAAUCUCUAACUUUGGGGAGGACCGCCAGUCUCUGGCAUUCAUCUUUGGGGUUUCACCAACUGCAAGCCAGAAGCUGAUGGAUAAAUCCAACCCUGAUAAGCAUUUGGUGUUCCUUGAGCCGCUCGUGGAAGAAACAAAUGGGCACCUUACAACAGAUUUGAAAGCUGACUAAAAGAAUGUGAGGAUCAUAUGCAGCACAUAGCUAUAAGCACAGCAUUUUUCAGGUUUUGUGUAUGUUCUUGGAAAGGUCUGAUAAUCUUACAAUUAGGUAUGCAAAUGUUGGAAAACUAAAAUGUUUUUUGUUUUAGACUGCAUUUCUAUAUCCCUAUAAAACAGUUCAGAAUGAGCUCUGAUAAACAGCUAUGACUGUUGAAUGUGUCUAUGAAUGCAGAAAAGGACACUUUAAAUAUGAUUACUUUCUGUUAUUCCUCUAGUUUAUUCCCUGGUAUGAAUUUCCAUUACAAACAUACAUGUUUAUAUGAAAGUGUCAAACUGUGUGAAGCAGAGGGAUAUAUAUUGCUUAAGGUUUUGAUGAAAUAGUCUUUGACUGGCACAUGGCAGUGUAGGAGUGGCAAACAAAAUAACCACCAGGGAUAAUCCUCUUAAUCGUAUGCUUUGAACAUUUUGGCACCAAUAUAGUAUGAUUGUAUGGAAUCACACCAGCACAGGUCCCUAAUUGGGGACAGGCAUGGGAUGAUGUGUUGUUAUCUUGUCAUUUAAUGGUGAAUCAGACGAGAACCUUAAAGCAAAACUCUUCAUAACCAUGCUUGUGAACAAAUCAGACAAGCACAUGAAAAUGAAUCUAAAACCCAUCUUGUCUCAUAUGAACUAAAUUUUCCGAUGAUCUAAUGUACUCAGAUAUCAUUUAAUACCUUAAAUGAAUCUUUAAAAGAUUCUGAAGUUCAGUAACUAUGUAUUCUAGAGAGCCUGCUCAGACUCUUCUGCCUAUUUUUCCAAUAAACUGGAGGAUAAAGAUCAGCCAAUUGCACUGACACAACCGUGCUGACUGAUCUUUGCAAUAACAUAGCCAAC